UAAACUGGGGUAAACAAAAGUUGUGUUGUUUAUUGGCGAUUUAAUUUGAGUGGGUAGGAGCGUAAAACGGCCGUUACGAGGCCAUGUCGAAGCUGAGCGACACAAAGAUCCCGAUCAAGGAGUUUUUGGAGGCGUACCGUCUCCAACCGUGCCUCUACAACUCUCUGCUGGACACCUACAAGAAUCGAAUGUCCCGGGAGGAAGCCUACGAGGCGAUUAUAAGGGCUCUUAAGAUCCCGCAGCUGACUGUGCUGGACAUCAAGCUGAAGAUCAAGAGCGUGCGCACCGUUUAUUCGAAGGAGCUUCGCAUCUGGAUGCGCGAAAAGGAGCUGGGCAGGAGCUACGAGCCCAAGUUGUUCUGGUUCAAGUUGGCCGACUCCUUCCUGCGCUCCGUUUCGCUCUCCCACUGCAAAAGGUCGAAGAACAAGCAUGCUGAUGCCCCCCAAACGCCGGUUAAAACGGAGGAGUCGCUGGUGCCCUCGAGCAAACUGCUCUUCACUGCCGCAGCAGAUAUCAGUAUGAGCGAGGACGCGCUGGAGGAGGAGGAUGAGGAGCAGAAUGGCGAGGCGGAGGAGUGUCGCCCCGACCAUGCCAAGCAUGCAGGGAGCAACUGCAUCAUUUCCAUGGCCACGGAAAACCCACGUAGUGGCAAGGCCGCCGAGCUAAUCAUCGAUGAUUCUUCGCUCUGCGUGGUAGAGCAGCAGCAACAUCAGGGGCAUCCUCAACAGCUCCCGACCACGCCGGCUAAUCGGAAACUGAGGUACAACCCUGGUCUAGACUCCGCCGGCGAAGAUGAACUAAUGAUCUUCGGCCAGAGCAUUGCUUCCCAGUUACGUACCAUAACGGACUCUUAUUCCCGGUCCGUGGCUAAGUUACGCAUCCAGCAGGUGCUGUUCGAGGCGGAAACUGGACAAUUUCAAAGCACCGAAGUCAAUAGUACCCAGCUCCAGAACUCCUUUUAAUCCUUAAGCCUAGAUUUUAGUCAAAUCGUUAGUUUAAAAAGUCCUUGUGCUCAGUUUUCCCGGUAACAAAAGCCAAGAAGCUCUGGAUAAGACCAUUUUCCAGGGGUAUAUCCAACCCGUUUGUCAUUCAGUGUUUGUAGGUAAGUUUAUUCCAAUGAUUGACGAUUAGGUUUAACAUGUAAAUAUACCUUUAGGAACAAUGUAUAUACCUUGUAAGCAAUCGAAACCGAUAUGGGUAAACUGGUGACUGGAACUGUAACUCUUUCAAAAUGUUGUAAAAACGUAUACAAUUGUGGAGAAAAAUUGUUUAAAAUGAUCGGUUUAUCGAGGUUUAAGGUUUGUACUAUGCUCUGGAAACCGAUUUAAUAUCUCGUUAAAUACAAAGCUAAACCUCUGUAUAAAUAAAAUACAUUUGUAAAUAUCAGUUCUUCAAAAUAUAAGUCAUUUAAAAUAAAAUUAGAAAUAUUUAAAUUUAAA